AUGAGAGAUCGAUCAAAUGCUAGUUAUCAUCCUGCUGCUUUCCAAGCUCCGAAUCUGCAAGAUAAAAAACCCUUUUCCUUUCCGUUAAACUACACGGGUGAGCCCGCACCUAAUAUUGAAGGGGCAAGAGAAAAUGGUAGACCUGGGGAUGCAAGUGAUCGUAAAGAUGAUGCAAACAAGAAAAAAGUUUCUAAAACGAGUGAUGCAGAUACUCGUGGCAGCUCUCGCGAUGAAGAUGGAACUAAUCGUAUAGAUGAUGCAUACAAUAAGGAAGCUCCAAAAACAAGUGGCACGCAUACUCAUAGAAGCUCUCGAAAUGACGACGUCGGUGCCCCGAACAAGCCAGCGAAAAAGGCUAAGAAGAAGACCGAAGAGGAGGGGGGCAAUUCAGUGGAUAAGAAAAAUGGCUCUCGAUUUGGAGGUGCUCUUUCUGAUUUGAGGUCAAAGGUGAAAAGACGGUGA